UGCUGCCGGGGGUAAUGAAGCUCUGAUUACAUAAAGAUGGACAGGCCGAUGUCUUGCCGCAAUCCUUGGUCUUCCAAGUGUUUCAAUUAUCCUACACAGAAAUCUUGGGCCUUCCCACAUCCUCUCUACAAAGGCUCCCGUGGAGUAAAGGGAGCUCAACCUAAGCUAGACAGCCGUUUUGUUUUGGAUGUCAAUGUCUCAGAUGGUACUGUGAUGCCUUCAUCUACACCCUUUACCAAGAUAUGGCGAAUGCGCAACAGUGGUAAAGUUGCAUGGCCCCAGGGAGUGCGGCUUGUGUGGAUUGGUGGAGACCAGUUCUUCAGCGCUGAUUCUGUUGAGACAGAGAUUCCAGUCAAUGGCUUGCCUGUUGAUGGUGAACUUGAUAUUGCAGCUGAUUUUGUAGCUCCUGCUCUGCCUGGUAGAUACAUAUCAUAGUGGAAGAUGGCACAUCCAUCAGGUGUGAAAUUUGGACAGCGCAUCUGGGUUCUUAUUGAGGUUGAUGCUUCCCUGAAAGACCCAUUCUUCAAAGAUCUGAACUUGAAUGAGAUGCCAUGAAGAUUUUGAAAGAUUAAGCACUGC